AUGAACAUUUUCAGAUUCUUGAUGCAGUGGACUCAAGAACACAGGCGGCGAAAGAGCGCAGCGCCAGGCGGCGGGGUCCGGAGGCGCUCGACGGCUCGCCCCCAGCGCCAGAGACAGGCUGUGUGUUGCGCCAGUGGAAGAGACCGGAGAAACCCAGACGUGGAAGAGGGGGCAGCCUGGACUUCGCGAGCCCUGGUGGGGGUGGCGGCCCACAGAGCCCCCACCUGCCCCGGGCCCCCACAGGAAGGAGGGGCCGCCGUCGCUGACACCACGGCCUUCAGCCCUUGGCUUCCGCGCGUCGGAGGCUGGCACCUCCAGGUGCCCCGCGGCGGCCGGAGCUGUGCGGGGGCCAGGCGGUUCGGCGGGAGCCGAGGCUGGGACCUGGGUGACCUGUCGUCCGCCCCUUCAGCGAGUCUCCAGUGGGCAUGUUUCAGGUGGGCAGGUCCAGCAUCCCCAAACCUGCCCCCCGCAGCCUGGAGGACCUGGACUCAGUGCAGCGUGUCCUGUUACACAGGUCAGUGCAGGGCCCCGGGGCGGGGGGCGAGACCGCCUUCUUGCCCCGGGAAUGUUGGCGAGGGAGGGGCCGCUUUUCUUUCUGGGGUCUUUCUGGAAGCAUCUGACUUGGGAUUCGCCUUAGUGCGGCGCUGGCCGCGGAGGGCCGUUGGGACCUGCACCCCACCCUUUCCAGAAUCGGGUGCCAGCGAUCCACCCUGUCCCGCUGCCGAGACUGGCCCCGCGCGGGUCCCGGUCACCCAUCUCCUCCGGAAAACGCUACCUUAG